AUACAUAUUUCACACUCUGAGAAUUAACUAGAAAUAUGUUUACCAAAAUGAUUUGAGAAAUCCAUCGCAGUUCUCGGACUCCUUGAUUUGCGUGCAGACCAACAUGCUAACAAAGUCUUGUCUCACAAGAAUUAACGAAUCAGUCAAGCAAGUAUAAGACUCAAAGCUUUGAGGUCGCCAUAUCUAUGGAAAUGCAAUUUCAAAAGAAGAGAGGCUUGUUGGAAACGGUGUUUAUCCAUCUAAUGGGUUAAUGAUCUCCGUAGAGUUGAAAUAUCGAUUUUCAGGUGCCGUAAUAUAACAUGUUUAAUAUCACAAUGUCGAAAUUUAUUAUCACUGUCACAUUGCCCAAGCCCCAUAAACCACAACAUUAAGGUAGUUCGCCGAUAAAGAACUUGAACCCGUAAGUUUUAUUGAAGUUUAAAGGAUCGGACAUACUUAAUGUAGAUAGCAUCUCAAAAAUGGAUAAUCAAGAUAAUAGAUAUGCAAACAAAUAAACAAAUCCCUGAUGUUUGAUAUAUAAUCUGUGGCGGGCGAAAUGGCAAAUAUUUGGCCUGUGCGGGUGAGACCCUAAAUUUACAUCUUCGAAACCGCCGCUUGUAAAAAUAUUAGUUGUGUAUCAGUUAUUAUCAAACGAUCCCGACAAACAGUGUCAUCUGACAUCAGACCAUAUCGAUCACACCGUGCCCUGUUUAUUAAUCAAAGACAAAACCUUCAAUGGAUCGUAGCGCCAAAAAUGAUUUAGUAAGAUGACUUUCUCUCUAAGUGUUUGACGCUGUUGACUAGAGCUCCUUUGGAAUAGUCCUCUAUCGGGUAACUAUUAUCGAGUACGACUUCACAGUUUAGUUAAACAAAAGAGGUUUCAAUUAACAUUAGAUAUCUUUAACAAAACCCUCGGGCUGCUAACGACGGGCUAAGACAGAACAACCAAAAUAGCUUCUUAUCUAGCGUGUUGUCGAGAUGGCUCUGAAUAGAAGUCUAGUCCAUAACUUUAACAAGAGUUGUAAUUUGGUUCAAAAAAGAAACAAAAUUAAACAUCGCAUGUUGUGAGCUUGGUUUCAUUAAAGAUGGAAUGCAAGGCUAUGGUCGAAAAUGUCAAUCAGCUCGCGGCAAAAGAAUGAAAUGUAAUUUGACGGAAUAUAUGGAUAUUGAACUUUCAACUGUGUUAUGACAGUUCAGCGCCACUUCAGUCGUUCAAAGUUAUUUGAAAUUGGAAUUUUUUUUCUUAUUUUGCUGAUGUAUCUAACGCAUACUUUUGAUGCAUGGUUAUUGUAAACUUUUUAUUUGAUUUCAACACUUCGUUUCUCUUACUUUAUAUGCUUGAUGUGCCAUUUUUUCUUCAGAGACCCUUUGAAUUUAUUACAAUUGUCACUGAGUAUAACAGUUUCCUAAGUUAGAAAAACACGAAAAAGGUGAAACUAAACCAAACACUAAGGGAGGAAACUGAAGAUGGUUGGGUUCCGAUGAGAGCUUCAAAACACUGUCUACUGAAGAUCUUUAAACUGCAUUUUAAAAGUCGUCCUUUCUAUUCAAGCCACAUGUCUGUUCAGCUAUUCACUCAUUAAUCUCGGCGAGCGCUGUAAUUAUCAACUUGAUAGCCUAUCGCCCAUGAAUCAGUUCAGUACGGUCAAUCUACUACCAACAGAUUUCUCCAUCCAGUCACUCAACUCAACUUUAUCGGUCUGAUGUUAAUCCGACUUGAGAAGAAAGGUAAUGAACUCAAGCCCACAAAACUUCACUCAGCGGCAAUGCCCAAUUUAAUUACAUGAGCGACCAGUGCGUCAGGUAUGUCUCAAUACGAAGUCCUUUAGCGAAUUACUGCCAAUUAACUCAUUCUGCACAGGAAAAAAAAAAUCGUGUUCGAGGGGAAUGUACGACGAAGCGACAAUUGUAAUCAGAUCUCAGUAAAACGAUAUGUUUCCCGCGUCUGUUCGUUAACUGUUGAUUGGCUAGAGAUGUAUCAAAGUCGCGACUUUUGUUUGUAAUAUAACAGCUUAUCAACCCCUGACUCGCGACCCUCUAUUUUUGGACCCCUGGAACAAAGGAAAACUUCAAAUUCAUAGUGUGCGUGAAUUUUAUAAACCUCUUAUGCCUGGGACUAAAUUGGAUUCCUGGAUUAAUACUUCAGCUUUCGUAAUCUAAUUUUUCCUUCAAACUACCUGAAAUGAUUAAAAUUGCAGGAAGUUAUCCAAAAUACCUGAAAAAAAUUGGUUCCAUCGUUCAAGACUUUCAUACUUUACUUCCCAAAUCAGAAGUUCAAACUGACAAGUUUCCCUUCAGUAGCCCUGCUUUUCCGUUUUAAUCUCUAAGCAUUGCUCUGACGUACAUUGCACUUUCCUUUGCUGAUUAUAAUAAGGGCUUUAGCGUGGCUUUAUUGACACCGAAUCGCGUUUCUCUUGGUUCUGUAGAGCUUCCGUCAUACUCUCCCUAAAUUUUGACCGCAGAGUGGAGGUGGUUGAAUUUCGUGUCGCGCUAGCAUUUUUGGUUAAGCAACAAAGCAACCCAAAUAUUCUCUGAUUAUAAAAGGAAUUUCCUUUUGGUUAGUUCCACUCUUUAUCCGGAAACGCCUCCAGUUACAGUUAAGUUAGUUAGCGUUUUUCCGUCUCUAAAACUCCUAAAGACAAAUCAUCUAGCUUGGUUCAUUGGGCAACUUGUCAGAUUUUGCGGUAAAGAGCUAAAAUUAUCGAGGAAGGCCUAAUUAACGUGGACAUUUAACAACUAGAUUAGCCGCGCUUGAUUCAGUUAAUGCUACACAAAACAGAGCAUUCAUUCUGUACCGUCCUGCGUCAGUAACGAAGUUUAACAAGACGUUCUUCGCUAGCAUCUUCUGUUUCUCAGCUUCAUUGGUAGAAGGCAAAAUAUUAGGAGGCUAGACCAGGAGAAUCAAUGAAGUUGGUGGCGUCGUUGCUGUGUAUAUUUCUGGUGGUGGAUUUGUCUUGUGUCUCAGCCGCAGCUCAGAGCAAAAAUUCAAGAAAAGGAUCUCGAUCGAGAACGCGUGGACGAAACUCCAAGUUCGCAGCGUGCGAACUGUACUCUGGUGGAGAGCUAUGCAAGCCUUACCUCGAUGGCCAGCGAGUUUAUGUCAACUCAAAGACAGCGUCCCAGGUUUCGCACGGGAGCCGCGUUGGAAGGAACUAUGAUAUGUUGAAGGAGUACGUGUCUGACGGAUGUAAGGAUUAUGUUCUACCAACUUUGUGUAACUACGCUUUUCCGCCGUGUGAUUCGUCGCAGUCUAAACCUAAGCCGAGGAAGUUCUGUAGGGACGAUUGUCUUGUUUUGAAGAAUGAUAUUUGUCAGGAGGAUUUCGAGCGUGCCCGAAAAUUACCGUUUGUGUCGGUUCUGUUACCUGAUUGUUCCAGUAUGCCGGCUGUGGGGCAUCCUGAUUACAAGAGUUGUAUUAGAGUGGUCCCUCAAGUACCCAAGUUCAAAGUCCGUCUUGAUAACAACAUCACAAUGUUCGAAAACAAACCAGUCAUCUUCAAGUGCAGGCUGAGCAGUAAAAAGGUAGCGGCUAACAUCACGUGGUUCAAGGACGGUCGGUCUGUCAGCGAAGCCUACCCAUCUUACAAGGUCACUACUUUCCGUUGGGGAUCGCGGCUCAGGAUUCGACGGGCUAAAAAGAAGGAUGCUGGGAUAUUUCAGUGUAGGGCCAAAGGUCCCGGAGGAAUGGCUACCGCGCAGGCGUGGUUGAAAAUCAAUGGAUUUCUCAACACACCUCCCAUCACAAUUAAUACUGAUCCAAUCCACGUGAAACCAGAGACUGGCCGCCCGGAACCAGGACCUGUAAGGACUCUUCCACCACUCCAAGGGAUGUGUGAAUCAUACCGCGGUGACGCAUGCGCAGAAUUCAUUGGAAAUCAGAGCAUCUGGGUUCAGUAUAGAAUACGACAUCAGCAAACCAUUGAAAAACAACUGUCAUCGGCACUCACGGUGAUUCGAACUCUUAAUCAGAUGUCUGAAAGGUGUACCAGAUUUGGCAUUCCCGCCAUGUGCUUUCACCUCUUCCCGACCUGCGAUGCUCGUACCCAGGACUCCAAGCCUCGGCUCUGCCGAGAGGAUUGUUUUGCUCUCUUUGAAGACGUUUGUUUGGCAGAGCUCAAUUUCGCGCAGAUGGACAAAAAGUUCAGCGCUUUACUGCCAAACUGCUCUGCCCUCCCCAAGCGCAAUAGCAAAGAUUAUUCAUACUGUACUUCGCUUGGGAUUCCAGGAUUAUCUACUCCGACCACUGCUUCACUUCCGGUUCUAUCCGCUCCUGGGGUCCAAGAUUGCUAUAACGGCACCGGAGCAUCAUACACUGGCCGAAUGAACGUGACGAAAUCCGGACGCCCCUGCCUCGAGUGGCCUUACAAGGACCUCCCGCAUAACUUCUGCCGUAAUCCUGAAGGGCUUGGGGCGAGACCGUGGUGUUAUGUUGGACCGGAGAAUGAGGUGGAAUUGUGUGAUGUAAAGAAGUGUUCUGACAUAAGUCCUGCAGUGAAUACAGGUUACAAACAAACGCAAGAACAAGUUCGACCUGUCGGUCGAACCAUCUACGUCAUUUCCGCCAUCAUGGCAGUUUUGAUUGUGGCAUUCCUGUCAAUCAUCGUGUACCUGAAAGUACAGCACAGAAAGAGCGCACUUCCGCAAAAGCAGAACACCUCUUCCGGUUCUAUCUCCAAGAGUACUCAAAGUACAGUGCAGCAGCCGAGCUUUGAUCUGAAGCAAAGCAUCAGUGAGAUCAAGUCAUGUGUUUUCAAUCAGCAGGACCAGGAAGUCAGUCAUGGCAAAGUGAAAUUUCUUGAAAGUCUUGGUGAGGGAGGAUUCGCCAAAGUCUGUAAGGGUGCGCUGAUCAAACUCGAAUCGGACCAGGAAGACGUGAAAAUCGCCAUUAAACGACUCAAAAGCGACGUGCCUCAAGCUGCUGUGGAGAACUUCAAAAAGGAGACGUCGAUUCUGGCUAAUUUGCAGGACAUCAACAUCUUGUGUUUGAUUGGUGUGUCCACAGGAGAGGAGCCGCGCUACAUGGUUUUCGAGUAUUACACUGAUAUGGACCUGUAUCGUUUCUUAUUGGACAAUGCAUCCAAGCUAUCGGGCUUGAUACCGUCAGAUAUCUCUGAAUAUGACCUGUUAUUGGACUUCUCGUUGCAAGUCGCCUCCGGAAUGGACUUCCUUGUGGAGAAUAACUUUGUCCACUGCGACCUUGCCGCCAGAAACUGCUACGUGACCGAAGGUAAUAUCAUAAAAAUAUCAAACCUUGGCAUCGGGAGCUACAAAUACCCUUCAGAUUACUCCUGGGGACACAGUAGCGCGUUACUUCCGGUGCGAUGGAUGCCACCGGAAGCGCUUAACACCCUGCAGUUUAGUCACAUGUCAGACGUUUGGUCAUACGGGAUUUUAUUGUGGGAAAUUUACUCCUUCGGUUGCCGGCCGUACGUUGGCUUUACGAAUCAGGAAGCCAUUGAGCGAAUACGUAAUCUACAACUUCUGACAUGCCCCGACAGUUGCCCUGCCCGGUUGUUCGGGCUGAUGAGGGAGUGUUGGGAAGAAAACCCCUCGGAUAGACCCCAAUUUACCGAGAUUUGCUCCCGACUCCGCCAAUGGGCAGGCGACUCGAUUGCGGAGAGCCAUUAGUAUUAAUGACAGAGUCAUCCAGUGGAAUGCAGUGAAGAGUGAACCCUUAAUAAAGAACUUGUCCUUCCUGUGGCACAGGAGACGAUGGCGUCAGGGGGACAUUUGAGAAUAAUCUCAUAUACAGUGCAACAUUACUGAAGAAAUCAUUUAAGCUCUCGGUUAUUAGUAAGACAAGAGAGCCAAGUAUUUAACGAUUCCUUGCUAUUGUGACAAGGAACACGGAGAAUAUUGACACGAAAGCUAACUCGAGUACACCAGUAAAACUUCGGUAAACUUCGGUGAACUUCGGUAAACCGAAAGGUGUACAGAAAGCCAAGGUCCAAUUUAAAUUUGAUAUUCUUCUGUGAGGAAAGAAAUAUUUACCUUAAAAGUUCAGUUUUUACACGGAAUUCAUUUAGAAUCGAGGAUAAAUAGUUUGCAGGUAGUGGCUUAUUCUCCUACGUUGUCCUUGUCUGGAUUGUCACACAAUCUUCCUCAGUGGGGGAAUUGCGUGACUACCGAGAUAAAGGCUUGUGCAGGAGACCACUUAAAGAGUAAUGUUUUUCAGAGGAAGAGGCAAAUGUUUGAGCUUAUUUUCCAAGAUAUAUUUAUUUAUGCUAUUGUAAACGCAGGGGCACCCUUGAGGUGCAUUUUAUUUUAACUUAAAAUACAACAAAAUAUUACCGUAAAAGCAAAUUGUUUUGAGCUAGAGUUUUAGUGUACAUACAUAAGGAGAACAUUAUCGCUAGAGAGUAGAAUGCGCGAUUUCCAAGUUCCGUGAUUCUAAGUUAUAUCAAUAUGUAGCAAAUGAGCAUGAUGAAACUGCCAAUAGACCAUUUUACAGUUGUCUGCUCAGUGACCUGGCCUUUGUAUGGCAGCGAGGCUAGAGUUGACCUUGU